AUGCCCGCUCGCUCAACGAGCGGCCCGUCCACUGGGUCACGCAAAACAUCUGGACAGAGCGCCGUAUCAUCCAAACGUGCAUCCUCGGCGACCCCAUCUGUAGCAGUACCGCCCGAACCACCGCUUCCUACGACAUCAUCCCAUCUUCGCGCAGACGUUUGCGCAAUUUUUGCAGAUUCCCAGCGCUCUACAACCGGGCACAGAAAACUCGUUGUGCGGUUACGAAAAGUCCAAGAAAUAUGCUGUGGUAUUACGCCGCCUAAGAAAACGAAGGAUGGGCAGAUUGAGGAAGAUCGAGAAAUCCCUUCGAGCGACGAGACUGUCGGCGAGCAAGAAUUUAAUGUGGAAGUCACCCGCUGCAUUCUUCGCAUAUUACCCAUCAAAAAGACGGAAUCUGUUGGAGACCGUGUGAUUCGUUUCCUGGGCCUGUUCUUGAACCAUGCUUCAGAGAAGGAUGGCGAGGUAUUCAAUCCAGCGGACGUGGACGAAACACAAAUGUUCCCAGAGACCCCGACUACGCGACUAACUAUGGCUAUUGCCAACAUGGUAGUGCCAUUAUUAGCCGCAAAAGAUAAGAUAGUUCGGUACCGCUCAACACAACUGCUUGCGCAUCUAGUAAACUCGCUCGAUUCAAUAGACGACGAAGUAUUUCGUUUGGUCAGAACUGGCCUUCUCAAGAGAAUUCGGGAUAAAGAGGCCACAGUCAGAGUCCAGGCCGUACUGGGCUUGGCGCGUCUAGUAGGGGACGAGAGUGAAGGUGGACUUGAGGAUUCCUCGCAAGCUUUACUGGAAAAGCUCAUCGAUAUUCUCCAGAACGAUGCCACUGCGGAUGUGCGCAAAACAUUACUGAUUAACUUGCCAUUAAGCCAAACGUCACUGCCGUAUUUGCUCGAGAGGGCCCGAGACUUGGAUGCUGCUACUCGACGCGCACUUUAUUCUCGCCUAUUACCUACCUUAGGUGAUUUCCGCCACUUGUCAUUAUCUAUGCGUGAAAAGCUUCUACGAUGGGGCCUACGCGAUCGGGACGAGAAUGUCAGAAAAGCCACAGGAAAAUUGUUCUACGAAAGAUGGAUUGAAGACUGCGCUGGCAACAAGCCCUCCGGCGAAGGAACCACUCUAGGGCAGAUUUCAGCGCCAAACAUCUCCGCUCUCUUGGAACUGUUGGAACGUAUAGAUGCAGUCAAUUCCGGUAUGGAGGGUGGUGUGGCCCAUGAAGCCAUGCGAGCCUUCUGGGAAGGUCGCCCUGACUACCGCGAAGAGAUUGUCUUUGAUGAAGAUUUCUGGCAAGGCCUUACAGCAGAGUCGGCAUUCUUGGCUCGUAGUUUCAAUGACUUCUGUCGGCUUGAGAAUGAAGACAAGUACGGCAGCCUCGCAGACGAUAAAAUGCCGGAAGUCACUGCUCUAGCAUAUUUCCUUCAAAAAUACUCCAGUGCUCUGCUCACGAGACUGAAGCAAGCUUCUGCCAGUGGUGAAAACAAUGAGGAAGAGACGAUGGAGCUUGAGUUCGUUGUGGAACAGCUUCUGCAAAUAGCUCUGACGCUCGAUUACUCGGAUGAGGUUGGACGACGGAAGAUGUUUGCUUUGCUUAGAGAGAACUUGGCAAUACCUGAACUCCCCGAGUUAUGCACUAAGCUACAUGUUGAGGUCCUUCGAAAUGUCUGUGGUCCUGACGCUGCUGGCGAGUCUGAAUUCUGCAGCGUCGUUCUGGAAGCUAUUGCUGAAGUCCACGAUGCAAUUGCAACCGAAGACAGUUUUGUGUCAGCACGAUCUGAGCUUAGUGACGAUGGAAGCUCAAGAGCAAGCCGCGAUCGAUCCAUGACUCCAGCUAGUGAUGUACCAUUCGACAAGGAGAAAGCCAAGGCCAAGGUGCUUCGUGAAAUCAUGAUUAACAUGAAAUGUCUUCACAUCGCCCAGUGUAUGCUACAAAAUGUUGAAGGGAAUCUUCAGCAAAACAUGCAUCUGGUUACGAUGUUGAACAAUCUCGUGGUUCCGGCCGUGCGAAGUCAUGAAGCCCCUAUUCGAGAGAGGGGUCUGGAAUGUUUGGGGUUGUGUUGUCUGCUCGAUAAGACUCUUGCGGAAGAGAACAUGACCCUCUUCAUUCAUUGCUUUACCAAAGGCCACGAAGCCCUUCAAGUUACAGCACUCCAUAUUCUAGCCGAUAUGCUCACUGCACAUCCAACGCUACUUCUCCCAGUCAUCCAACGAGACAGUGAGACAGUGACACCACCUCCGUUCCAGAAGAACAUUUUCAAGGUGUUUGCAAAGGCACUGAAAUCAACGUCGCCUGCUGACGUGCAGUCAGCUGCAGCGGUUGCUCUGUCGAAGAUGCUUCUUGUCAACAUAUUCACACCCUCAGGCCCUAACAUCCCACAAGCAAUUAAGGAUCAUAAUGAGUCGUCUAUUGAAGCUUUACUUCAAUCACUCAUUAUCUCAUUCUUCCAUCCUCGGACUCGCGAAAACCCUGUUCUUAGACAAGCACUGACGUACUUCUUCCCGGUCUUUUGCCACUCACGUCUCGCAAAUACGCAACGCAUGCGCAGAAUAGCCGUUCCUGUGGUACGAGCCGUUCUGAACGCUGCCGAGGAGUACUUCUCCCUCGAAGCCGAGGAGGACAGCGAUGGCGAUAUUGACGAAAGCGUCGGUGAGCGAGAAAUUAAAGCAUUAAUGACUCAGGUCACUGGUAUGCUUGUCGAAUGGACCGAUGAGCGCAGAGUAGUCGGACUUGGAGGUGAAAAUAUUCUUGCAGGUGGAACCGCAAGCUCUAAUGCUCACGGCUACGUGCAUUUGGCAUUAGUCAAUGACAUUUUGGAACGAAUCCUCGGAAUCAGUGCCGGACCCAACAAAUGCUCAAAGGAAGAGAAGAAACUCCUGAUGUCUAUGCUUAGCAAAGUAUACAUAUCCGCUCCUACUGCCCCGGCAUCAACAAUUGCGCCUGGAUCACGAGCGGGAUCUCGUGCACUCACCGAAGCAACAGAAGAUGCCUUCCGUUCCAGUAACAGAAGCAACAGUCGUGAGGAAAUCGAUCCUGAGAUCGUGGAACUCGCAGAGAAUGUCAAGGAACUCCUCAACGAUGCCCUGGAGGAAGCCGCCACUGACGCAGCCAGUCGCAACGCGAUAGUCAAAGUCAAGAACACAAUCCUCAAAAUCCUUGCGUAUGCCUCUCAACAAACCUCCAAUAGCAGAGACACCAAUCGCAACACACGAGCCAGCACCGUGGAUUCAGACUACACAAACGCCGGCCCUAGAUCACGACAAACCUCCGUUGAGCAUUCUGGUCAGGGUGUGCGUGCAGGCACGACAGAAGUCGCUAUUGACGAGACGAUUAUGGAGAUUGAUGAAGAAGGUGAACUGGAUGAUAGCCGGGUGACGGUUAUUAAGAAUGAGAGGACCAGUGAAGAACCCGAGUAGACCGAUCCUGCUUAUUCGUUUUCAUUACUAUCACGUUGCAUAGUGGAGGGGAGGACAUGUUUGAUAUGAGUACGUCGGAACAUGAGUAUAGUUAGUUGGAACUUGGGAGCGGUUUGGUGUCUUUUUUGAUUACUAGCUGUUUUAUUAUACAUAUUUUGUGGUUGGAUAGUGAUAUUACUUACAUAUUAUGUUUGUCAAUCGAAGGUUUCCUUUCCUUUUG